UCCUCCCCUUCUCCACACCUCCACGGCUCUGCUCGGGUGGCUUGCUGUAGUUUAGGCCCGCGCGCACAGAGACGAGGGCUGCUCCCCCUUUCGCCCCAGUCCCACACCGACCACCGCAACACCGCACACCAUGGCUGCCACGGACGUAGACGUGUUUUCGAACGAGGAGAAGAGGAGCCUGAGCUUGGGCGGCCAUGUUGGAUUCGACAGCCUUCCCGAUCAGCUGGUCAGCAAAUCGGUCACACAGGGAUUCUGCUUCAACAUCCUCUGCGUAGGGGAAACAGGCAUAGGAAAGUCCACGUUAAUGAACACACUGUUUAACACCAUGUUUGAGAACGAGGAGGCGAGUCACUACCAGAACGGGGUCUACCUGCGACCUCGGACCUACGACCUCCAAGAGAGCAACGUGCACCUAAAGCUGACCAUCGUGGACACUGUGGGCUUCGGGGACCAGAUAAACAAAGAGGACAGUUACAAGCCCAUAGUGGACUACAUCGACACUCAGUUUGAAAACUAUCUUCAGGAAGAGCUCAAAAUCAAGCGGUCGCUGUUUAACUACCACGACACCCGAAUCCACAUUUGCCUUUACUUCAUCGCGCCAACGGGACACUCGCUCAAGUCUCUGGACCUGGUCACGAUGAAGAAACUGGACAGCAAGGUGAACAUCAUUCCAAUCAUUGCCAAAGCGGACACAAUCUCCAAAAGUGAGCUGCACAAAUUCAAAAUAAAGAUCAUGAGCGAACUGGUGUCCAACGGAGUCCAGAUUUAUCAGUUUCCCACAGACGACGAGACAGUGAGCGAAAUCAACGCCUCCAUGAACGCCCAUCUGCCGUUCGCUGUGGUGGGGAGCGUGGAGGAGGUCAAAGUGGGGAACAAAACUGUCCGGGCGCGACAGUACCCCUGGGGCGUGGUGCAAGUUGAGAACGAGAGCCACUGUGACUUUGUGAAGCUGCGGGAGAUGCUGAUCCGGGUGAACAUGGAGGACCUGAGGGAGCAGACCCACGCGCGACACUACGAGCUCUACAGACGCUGCAAACUCGAGGAGAUGGGAUUUAAGGACACUGACCCAGACAGCCAGCCGUUCAGCCUGCAGGAAACGUACGAGGCCAAGAGGAAAGAGUUUCUGGGCGACCUGCAGCGCAAAGAGGAGGAGAUGAGGCAAAUGUUCGUCAACAAAGUCAAAGAGACGGAGGCAGAGCUCAAAGAGAAGGAGCGAGAGCUCCACGACAAGUUCGAGCAGCUGAAGCGCAUGCACCAGGAGGAGAAGAGGAAGGUGGAGGAGAAGAGGCGCGACCUGGAGGAGGAGAUGAACGCUUUUAACCGAAAGAAAGUCGCCGCGGAAACCCUGUCCUUAUCCCAGCCGCUCAAGAAGGACAAAGACAAGAAAAAUUAAUUUAUGGCUGCCGUUCACCUUUCCCACACACGGACACGGAUCUGUUCUCCAUCACCAUAGAAACAGCAACACCUUUUUUUCUGUUAUUUGAAUGAUUCUUGUUUUAUUUUGUUUUGUAAGUUUUAUUUGGUUAACAUUCCAUCAUUGUGCACAUGGACCAAAGAGGAUGAUGAAGACCCACCAUCAUGGCCAUCUCAUGUAUUAAGUUUCACAAUGUUUUGGACACUUUAUAUAUUGUUUUUAAUGCUGUUUUUUGUCAUUUUUUCCCCUUUGACCUCCACAAACAUGCAGAAAAAAUGUAUAUCUUAUAUUUUCUUUUAUUUCACCGUUUCCACUCCUGGAAAUAGCAUUUGAAAUGGUUUGUUGCUUUUUCACAGAGGUCAAUAGAAUAAUAGAUGGAUAUUUUUGUAGAUUUAAAGAUGCACUGCUAACUUUUCCAGUAAUGGAUAGACAAGCUGCUUGUUUUUUGUGUUUUCUUUACUUUGUCUGAAAUAUUCAAUAGUACAAAAUGGUUCAUGGUACAAAAAACAUCGGAAAAAAACAAGUAAUUUUACUAUUGGACGCAUCGCCUCUUCACAGAUCUGACCUGUAACUUGAGCUGUAACAUGUUCGCCUCCACAGAGAUGGGUAUCCUUAAUGCCGUACUCUGAAACAUUCCAGGCAAAGCGAUAACAUCACCGUGGAGACAAGCAGGUGGCGUGUAGUGCAUCUAUUAAAAGGCCAACAUUACACAAAACUGCCCGUGUUCUAAUGUUGUUACCUCCUCAAAAUCAUACCUAGAGUUGUGUUUUUGUUUCAUUCGCGCACGUUUAAGUACGCAAAACGCUCUGUUCAACCCUGUGAUGUCACGCAGUGGUCAUUUUCAAGUUUACAGCUACAUUUUGACCUUUUAUUUAGCAGAAAUUGGCUUUACAAGCGCUGAAAUUAUCCAGAUGAUUCUAGUGAAGUUGUAUUGCAUUUAAAAAACUACAAAAACAAAAAACAGUGGAGCACUUCCUGUAUCACCACUUGACAUCACAAGGUGGAACAGGGUGUUUUCGGUUUGAUAAAAGAAGGAUUUGUGUGUUUAAACAUGUGUGAAUGAAACAAAAACACAACUCCGGGUCUGUUUUUGAUACGAAAACAACAAUAUAACACACAGUAAAUCAGAAAAUAGCGUAAAAUGAGAACUUUAACGUGUAAAAAUCAGCCUAAAUAAAACAUUAACACUUUUCAAAUGCUAUUUCCAAGCCAUUUUUUGCAAACUUUACCCUGUAUGAAAUGCCCGAACGCGUUAAAAGCAAUACAACAGAGUACCAGUAUGCUGUAGAUAUUAUAAUACCUAUACGAUGGUACUGACAUAGUAGUCUUAUGCAAUACUCUGGUGCUGUUUUUGUAAUAACUGCAUAAAUGUUUGUGAAUAUUUUUAGAUCUUUCCUAGCUUUCUAUGCAAAAUGUCUUAAUAUUUGGUUAAUAUAAGAAGCACAUAUGACAUUGGUGUACAUUGUCGUUUGAUAAGUGUAUUGCUAUAAUCUAUAAUAGUGUCGUGGCCGUUUUUAGGACACGCACGACAUGAAGCCAGUAUGAAAAAAAAACACAAAAAACAACAUCACGAAGCCAUAUUUUGAGUAGAUCUAAGACGAGAGCAGCUGUAUUUACUGUUACCGAUGGAAAUAAAUGCCCCUGUUUGACA